GACAGCCAAGAGUGUGACUAGGAAAAACGAUAGUUUUUUUGCUUUUCAUUUUUGCGUAUUUUGUUUCUCAACCAUCAGCCAGCCAGCACUGCCUGCCUCGGUUCGGGUUGAAGAAGGCGACGAUCGACUCGACGUGUAUACUAUACGGCUACGACGCAGCACUCAGCAGCAGUGCAGAGGGGCGAUAGAUUUUCAGCUGUUUUCACCUCAUUGGCGAAGUUUGCUUGAAACAGUGUGGAGUGCAAUAUAUAGGUUUUUCAAGGAUUACUGCUGGUCCGGAAGUAGCAGAGCGAGCGAAAGAGAACACAUCAGCUCGGGAGUGACAGAGAAAUCCCCCGCAGCACCUGGCAACUCUGGAAGAAGGAAGUGGACAAAAACGACAAAACACAAGCAUCUAAUAGAAUGUGGUGAAUACUCUCGCGGCCUAGAGAGAGCAACAUAGCAUAGGUUUGUUUUUGGUGCGCAGAAGAACCUGGUCUCGUCGAGCACAACAUUGAGGCAGAAGGAGAGAAUCACUAGCAGUUUGAAGAUCCAUUAAUGCGUUUUCUGCUGCCCAAUCUAAAUCGGACCCUUUGUGUUUAGAGCAACAUACAUUCACAGCAGUGUUCAUUCGUCGCAUAAUUCCGAAAAUCAUUACACAGAGUGAAGUAGCAGCACAGAGAUACUUGAAUUUGAAAAAAGAAAAACAAACAGUCUCGCAAUCGGUAGUGUGUACCGGUACUGCGCACCGCUAGCCGGGCAAGAUGUCGUCUCCUAGUGCCGGCAAGCGUCGGAUGGACACCGACGUGAUCAAGCUGAUCGAGAGCAAACACGAAGUCACCAUCCUGGGAGGCCUGAACGAGUUCUGCGUUAAGUUUUUCGGUCCACGAGGGACACCGUACGAGGGUGGCGUUUGGAAAGUCCGGGUACACCUGCCGGAGCACUAUCCGUUCAAAUCGCCAAGCAUUGGAUUCAUGAACAAAAUCUAUCACCCGAACAUUGACGAAGUGUCGGGUACGGUCUGCCUGGACGUGAUCAACCAAGCCUGGACGGCACUGUACGAUUUGUCCAACAUUUUCGAAUCGUUCUUGCCCCAGCUGCUGACCUACCCGAACCCGGUGGAUCCACUGAACGGUGAUGCCGCUGCCAUGUAUCUUCACAAACCCGAGGAGUACAAGAAGAAGGUGGCGGAUUACGUGCGGCGGUAUGCCACGGAGGAGGCCCUACGUGAUCAGGAACCUACCGAAAGCUCCGACAGUGAGUCCAGUAUGUCCGAUUUCAGUGAAGACGAAGCACAGGACAUGGAGUUAUAACAACGGCUAGCCUCGAUAUUUACCAAUUACUAUUAUUAAACAAACAGAAACAAGGGCAGAAUAUUGAUGGUGAGAAAUGAAAUUUUUAUUAAAUUAAAUGUUUACGCGUAGUCAUCCACACUCACACACAUACACAAAUAGUAUAUCAUCGCAUUCAAAAGAACCACAGAGACAUUACCAAAAAAAAUCAACAGCAAAACUUAUGAUUGUGAGGAUGUAGUGGAAAAGUAUUUUGGAUAAACAACUCACACCGCUACGAGCGACAACAAAAUUUAAGUUCGUGGUUUUGUUUCUUUACGCUUGUCAGGAAACUGUCACGUUUAGUACUACAACAUACACACUAUCAACGUCAGUAUCACCACCAACAACACACAAACAAAUCGCUACAACAUAUUUAGUAAGUUUACAGUUUACUAACAUCUCCCUAGAACUAGUAGCAGCAGCGUGUUAAAUCGAUAGUAGUAGUAAACCCGCGAUGUGUUUGGUUUUUUUGUUUAUUGGUUUCACACCAAAAUAGUGCGUUUGUUCUGUUCGAUUUGCCAAUAUACAUAAUGAUACCUUAUACUAA